AAAAUUUAAAUAUGAGGAAUAUAAAUAAUACUUCCUCUUCUACUAAUUCUCCAGCUGCAACAAUAAUUAAAAGUAAUACAAGCACAACAACAGUUUUUCGUUCAUGCACAGAAUUUAGUCAUGAACGUUCAAGACAUCCAAUAUCUUCAGCUACUGUUGUUUCUAAACUUUUAAUUCAACCAGCACAUUUAAGAAGCCAUUCAGUUAGUCAUUGGUCUUCACCAAAAAGAAAUCAAGGGGCAACAUUGUUACAUGCUUGUGAGCAUUUUAGUAUAUUACCAGCUAUGCCAAAUAAACAAGUAGGUUAUUUUAAUAAACAGAAAUCUUUUUUAAUUAAAUAA